UGUAAAAUCUCAAUUUCCCCUGAGACAAAAACAGAGGAAUCUGGUUUUCAUGCUGGCGCUGCCUGGACCUCAUGCCCAAACAUUCAAGCAUCAAAAAAGAUUUUCAGGAAUUUCUACAAGAAACACUGAUUAGUCUUCCACAUCUGAGCAGAUUUCACCUGCAUCAAUGAAUGCGGCGAGGGAACCAGCCAACAGAACAAUUCUCAAAGAAUAUCAAGAUGAUAUUGAAAACAUGGAUACAAAUGAGGACAGGGCCUUCUGGAAAAAAGAAGAAUCCAUUCCACGACUGGGAUUAGGACCCCCUGCUGGAAGAUCGCUGUGGCACCUUUGCACUGUCCUGUCAGUGUCAGCAAUUCUGUUGCUUGCUCUCAUUAUUACUGUGGCUGUUAACAAUGUGAAGGUGGACAGGAAGUUUACAGCUCUGGAGAAGACCGUGGCCAACCUCAGUGCCUCAGUGACCUCCGUCAAUUCCAAGAUCCAAACAGGUGAAAAUGUCCACUUAGAGAUCAACAUGCUGAAAGAUUCAUUGAAAACUGCUGCGCAGCAACUGACUACUCUCAAUAGAGAAAUGAAGAGAAUGGAUGCACUGGCAACUCUGACAAGUGAAAUUUCCAAGAUGAAAUGCACCCUGGAAAAAAUAGAAAAAAAUGUCACUGGUGCAGGCUGUUGUCCCAUCGACUGGCAGUUCUAUGGCUCUGGCUGCUUCUUCUUCUCUGAAGAAGGAAUGUCUUGGGACUCUGCCCGCGACUACUGUAGCAGUAUGAGUUCCUCACUGGUCAUCUUGAAGGAUACGGAAAAGUGGGAUUGGGUAGCCCAGAGGACCAUGCCAAGAUACUACUGGAUCGGACUUACAGAUGAGAGGACGGGAGUGUGGGAGUGGGUGGAUGGCACACCGUACUACAUGAACAGGAGGCAGUGGAAACCAGGCCAGCCAGAUGAUUGGACAAUGCACGGUUUGGGGGGAGGUGAAGACUGUGCCCACCUGCACAAUGAUGGCAAGCUAAAUGAUGACCACUGCUCCCGCAAAUAUCGCUUUGUAUGUGAAUCCUUUGUGAUGGCAGAACCUGCAGAAUCAACAAGGCCCUCACAUUGAGGGAAAAAUAAAGCCUGAAAGAAUGUAA